UCUCUAACCAACGAAACCAUAACAAACUUCCAUUUUCGAAUUUCAAAUUUCCAUCGUCGAAAGCAUGAAGGCGAUCGCGUCGAGGAGUUCAAAGCGUAAGGCCGCGGCGACGCCGUUCGCCGGGAAAAAUCUCCGGUCGAUACGUGUAAGUCGGAAGAGAGCUCAGAUCUCCCCACUCGUACCCGCUGCUUCCGUCGAUUCCUGCUCGAAUCUGUUAUCUGCAGUCGACGACGACGUUUCGUGCGGUUCGACCAGAGUCGAGAAGAGGAAGAAGCGAGUUGAAGAAGAGGUGGAAGUUUCUGGACCUGUUAAGGAGACGAUUGCUGAUCCUGCGUUUCGGAGGAUUACUAGGUCUUACUCUAAGCUGAACAAGGAGAAGCAGGGAGAAGCGAUCGAAGUAGAAGUAAGCGAAUCGUCAGUGACACGAUCGGACGUGACAUUCGCCGAGCACGUGACCGAUAGCCGGAGGAAUUUGAAUUUCGUUUCGGAGAAUAAGGAGAGCGACGUCGUUUCGUUCGUAUCGGAGUCUUGCUCCAAGUUCGGGAGCGUAACUGGAGGAGUCGAUAACGAAGAAACCGAAAUCUCCAAACCGAGCGGAUUCGUGGAAGUGAAGGCGGAGAUUGUGACAGUCGGAUGCGUCUCCGAUCUCGCUUGCAAAGAGACGUUCUCCGGCGAAGAGGUUUCGGACUGUUACGAGGAUGAAUCAUCGGAGCCGCUUUCGCAGUCCUCCGACUUCGGUUUAUCGGAUUACACUCCGUCAAUGUUUUUCGAUUCCGGUAGCGAAUUCUCUGAGAAAUCGAACUCUGAUUCUCCCGUUUCACAUACUCGCUCUCUGUAUCUCCAGUUCAUGGCGCAGUUCUGUAGAUCCACAAUCCCUAACGAUCUCGAAUCUUCUCGCCGUGAGCAACACCGUGAUAUCCAGUCUGAACUGCUAAGGUUUGAAGAUGAAGAGGUUGAAGAGAGCUAUCAAAGGCUGAGGGAAAGGGAGAGAAGUCAUGCAUAUUUGCGUGACUGUGCUAAGGCUUACUGCUCCACGAUGGAUCAUUCUGAUCUCAUCCCUCGUCUACGCUUGAUCAUGGUUCAAUGGAUUGUGCAGCAAUGUUCUGAUAUGGAGCUUCAGUCAGAGACAUUGUUUCUAGGUGUUAGUCUGCUGGAUCGAUUCCUGAGCAAGGGAUCCUUCAACAACGAGAGGACUCUAGUGCUAGUGGGGAUCGCGAGUCUUACUCUGGCCACCAGAAUUGAAGAAAAUCAACCUUACAAUAGCAUCCGGAAAAGGAACUUCUACAUCCGGAACCUAAAGUAUAGCCGGCAUGAGGUGGUAGCAAUGGAGUGGCUGGUUCAAGAAGUCCUGAACUUCAAAUGCUUCUCACCCACAAUCUUUAACUUCUUAUGGUUCUACCUAAAAGCUGCCCGAGCCAACCCAGAAAUUGAAAGGAAAGCCAAAUCCUUGGCCGUUACUUCACUAGCUGAUCACACUCAACUAUGUUUUUGGCCCUCAACUGUAGCAGCCGGACUCGUAGUUCUCGCUUGCAUUGAACACAACAAGAUCUCAGCCUACCAACGAGUCAUAAAGGUUCAUGUUAGAACAGAAGAUAACGACCUGCCUGAAUGCGUCAAGGUAUUCAUUAGCAUCACUCCCAUCGUAUGA